AUGACUGGAAUGACGCAGGUCGAUGUGGCAGAGCAUGCAGAGCCAGAGACCUUCAACAUCGAGAAAGCUUUGGAGGCUUUCCUUGCGGAUGUGAGCUGCAAGGAGCUGCGGCUGCCGCCUUUGGAUCCCGAGCAGCGCAAGCAGGCCAAGAAGCUCGCAGAGAAGUACCCAGAGAUGAAGUGCGAAAGCUACGGUUUUGGUGAGGAACGCAGAUUGCACCUGUUCAAAACCGCGGCAACAUUGAAAGCCGGCCUGGCAAAGGAAGGUCCCAAAGAGCUGCAGCAGGCAGAGUGUGCUUCAGAUCAUUCCACCGCCGUUUCAGGAGCUGCCUCGCCGGAAAAGACAGAGGGCAUUUCUGGUGGGGCCUUAUUCGAAGAAGUUGCGGCACUACUUUCAAAUCUUUACCAGGUGCGGAACACUUUCAUCCACAUCGAGGAGAAGGGUGUUGUGGAUCAGCGCAACAUCCAGUCUAUGCCUCAUGGAAUGUUUCGGCAGUGCUUGCAGGAGGAAGCUGCCCAGAUCCCACAAGACGGUCACGCAGGCCCCACGACUCCUGCUGCCGAACCUGCCAAUGCACCGAUUCCAGAGGUUCCCGAGAUCACCAAGGCCAAGGACUUCGCUCCAGGUACCGAGGUGAUCAUUGAAGGACUGCAGAAAUUCCCUGCUUUCAAUGGGCUUCGUGGCACAAUCCAGCUGCUGGACAAGUCCACAGGUCGCUACAAUGUGCAGCUUGCCUCUUCUGACGGGCCCAUGGACCAGAUCGCCAAGAUCAAGGGCGACAACCUUCGAAUGUUGGCGCCGCCUCCUCCGAACGCAACCCCAGAGACCCCGUCCAAGAUGCACGCGAGGGCACCGGACUUCGUCCCGAUGCAGCAGUGCGUGAGAAUGCCGAACGUGCAGCCCAACGUGCAGAUGAAUACACAGCACUUGCAGCCGAACGUGCAGCCAAACCCGACUUGGCAGGAGCCCGCCCUGACAAUUCAGCAGAGCUACGAUCCGUCUCAGUACUACACAUACCAGUGCGCACCGAAGAUUGCAGCCCGCUGA